CCGGCUGAGUCCUUUUUCCCUUAUCUCUUCGCCACGUGAGGCUUUCAUGUCGUUUGCUGGCCCACGUGCCUGGUGCCCAUCACACACGCGUGACGGAAGGAACAGCGCUCGGCCCCAACCUCCUCUUCUCCCAUGGCGCCAGAUCCAUAGCCAUGGCCGCGCUCCUCCCCUUCUUCAUCGUCGUGGCGCCGGGGAAGCUUCAACGGUGGACGGCGGGGACGCAUGGCCCCAAGAUGCUGCGACCAGCGCAAGAUUUUGGAACUGGCUCGGCCUCGAGCUGCAACCGGCUCGGCCAGAGCUGCAUUCGGCGUGGGGCGGUGCUGGAACCGGCUCGGCCUCGAGCUGCAACCGGCUCGGCCAGAGCUGCAUCCGGCGUGGGGCGGUGCUGGAACCGGCUCGGACUCGAGCUGCAACCGGCUCGGCCAGAGCUGCAUCCGGCGUGGGGCGGUGCUGGAACCGGCUCGGUCUCGAGCUGCAACCGGCUCGGCCAGAGCUGCAUCCGGCGUGGGGCGGUGCUGGAACCGGCUCGGCCUCGAGCUGCAACCGGCUCGGCCAGAGCUGCAUCUGGCGUGGGGCGGUGCCGGAACCGGCUCGGCCUCGAGCUGCAACCGGCUCGGCCAGAGCUGCAUCCGGCGUGGGGCGGUGCUGGAAUGACGGCAACGUCGUGCUACAAUCGGCGACGCAAGAUGCUGGAACCGGCUCAGCCGUGAGCCGCAACCUCGAUGCCUGGAUGCUGGAUCCUGCACCCAUCUUAGCUGCAACCGGCUAUGGUGAAGGCUACGGCCACCACCGGUUUAUUUUUCUUCUGAGAUUGAUUUGCUGCAAGAUUUUUAGCUGCAACCGUUGCAGUUUUUUGCUACAUCCGGCGAGGAUUUUUGCUACAUCCUUUUUCAUGGUGUAGUUGUAGCCUCGACAGCGACGACGUUGAAUUUUUUUUUGCUACAACCGUGUUUGUUUUUUGCUACAACCAGUGGUUUUUUGGCUACAUACA